CGUUCAACCAUGGAAGGUGAUUGCCUCAGCUGUAUGAAGUACCUGAUGUUCAUCUUCAACUUCCUCAUCUUUCUUGGGGGCUCCUUCAUGCUCAGUGUUGGUGUUUGGGUGGUGGUGGACCCCACGGGCUUUAGAGAGAUCAUGGUAGCCAACCCCCUACUGUUUACUGGGGUCUACGUCAUCUUGGCCAUUGGAGCAAUGCUAUUCCUGCUGGGUUUCCUGGGCUGCUGCGGAGCCAUCCGUGAGAACAAAUGUCUGCUACUUUUUUUCUUCAUGUUCAUCUUUUUUAUUUUCCUGACUGAGCUGGCAGCUGCCAUCCUGGCUUUCUUCUCCAGGGAGCAUUUAACCAGAGAGUAUUUCACCCGGGAGUUGAAACACCACUAUCAAGGUUACAACACCACUGAUGUCUUCACCUCUACAUGGAAUGCCAUCAUGACAACAUUUGACUGCUGUGGUGUAAGCGGCCCCGAGGACUUUGACAUGAGUCUCUUCAGGCUCCUCAAUCCCAACAAGAUGACCCCUGAUGCCUGUUGCCAGGAGGGCAGCUAUCAAGGACAUUUGGAGCAUAUCAGCGUUUUGCAGUGUGUCAGUGGAAACCAUGCCUUUCAGAACGACAAGGGGUGUUAUUCUGCAGUGAUGGAUUACUUUGAGACCUACAUUUACACUGCAGGAGCGCUUGCCAUUGUGGUGCUGACAAUCGAGCUCUUCGCCAUGUUGUUUGCAUUGUGUUUAUUUCGAGGCAUCCAGUAG